ACAUUUAGUCGUCUGUUUACAAGUGGACCUCAGCUGUCAUGAGUUAAUGUAUAAAGCAGGAGCGAAAUUAUGACCUUGACUUUACUAAGACAGUCCGGACGACUGUGCCCCGCACUUUCAAGCUGUAGCUCUUUCCUGCAGUCCAGUGGUUUCAAGAGAUCAUAUACCGUUAAAAGCAGAGCGGCUGAACAGGUUCUCUUUGCAUUCCGAUCAGUAGUCGGGGACGACGGCGUCUCAUUGGGGCAGGCAGUACGGGAGCAGCAUGGCAGAGAUGAAUCAGUGCACAAAUGCAAGCCCCCCGAUGUGGUGGUGUUUCCCCGGACUGUGGAGGAGGUCAGUGCGCUGGCCAAGAUCUGCCACCACCAUCGCAUCCCCAUCAUCCCCUUUGGCACCGGCACGGGACUGGAGGGAGGAGUCGGAGCUGUGAAGGGUGGUGUGUGUUUCAGCCUGCGGAUGAUGGACCAGGUGUUGGACCUGCACCCGGAGGACUUUGACGUGACAGUGGAGCCAGGUGUGACGCGGAAAGGCCUCAACUCUUACCUGCGAGACACAGGCCUGUGGUUCCCUGUGGACCCUGGAGCAGACGCAUCGCUCUGCGGUAUGGCCGCCACCAGCGCAUCCGGCACUAACGCUGUCCGUUACGGAACCAUGCGGGAGAACGUUCUGAACCUUGAGGUGGUUCUGGCUGACGGCACCAUCAUCCACACAGCGGGGAAGGGCCGUCGCGCCAGGAAGACGUCUGCGGGGUACAACCUGACUAACCUGUUUGUGGGUUCGGAGGGCACUCUUGGGGUGCUGACCAAAGCCACGCUGCGCCUGUACGGGGUUCCUGAGGGCGUGGCCGCCGCCGUCUGCUCCUUCCCCUCCGUCCAGGCUGCCGUGGACACCACCGUGCAGGUCCUGCAGGCCGGAGUGCCCAUCGCACGCAUCGAAUUUCUGGAUGAUGUGAUGAUUGAUGCGUGUAACCGCUACAACUCCCUGGACUACCCCGUGGCGCCCACCCUCUUCCUGGAAUUCCACGGCAGUGCCAGGAGUCUGGAUGAGCAGGUCUCUAUCACAGAGGAGUUAGCGAAGGACGGCGGGGGCUCCGACUUCUCGUGGGCGGACGAUGAGGCAAAGCGUGCCCGCCUGUGGCAGGCCAGACACGACGCCUGGUAUGCCGCUCUGGCACUCCGACCCGGCUGCAAGGCCUACGCCACAGAUGUUUGUGUUCCUCUCUCCCGUUUGCCAGAGGUCGUUGUAGAAACUAAGGAGGACCUGAUCCAAAAUGGCCUCACAGGACCCAUAGCAGGACAUGUGGGAGAUGGGAACUUCCACUGUCUGAUGGUCCUGGACCCCAAUGAUCCAGAAGAGGUGCACAAAGUUCACCAGUUCGCAGAGAGACUGGCCAGACGGGCUCUGGCUGCGGACGGCACGUGCACUGGUGAGCACGGCGUGGGCCUGGGGAAACGCCACCUGCUGAGGGAGGAGGUCGGCCCUCUGGCUCUGGAGGUCAUGCAGGGACUCAAGGCCACACUGGACCCCAAGAACCUCAUGAAUCCUGGGAAGGUUCUCUGAACACCACCACCACUACCACCACCACCACCAUCUCACAUGUGUGCUACUCCUGCUGCCGCUGUUGUUGUUGCUACUGCUACUGUGGCUGUGACUGCCAGCCCUCUCAGCCACCGUAGAGAUGUUAGCCUGCAGUUGUCUCUUCUCGCCACCAGGGGGCAUGUGGGAGUUUGGAAGGAGCAGGAGCAUGAUAAGCUGUGUGUGACAGGCUUCUCAGAGGGCUGAUUGUCUCAUGGUUGAGCGUCAAGGAGUACUCCUGUUGACCUGAAUUGGCCCCUUUCCGUUGUCAUAGAAGCACUUAUGAUUAUUUCUAAGCUUUGUGUAAGAUUGUACAUUGUCAUAUUCAUGAAGCUAAUUUAUUAAUUUUAGUCAGUUGCCAAGCAAAAAAUCAGGAGCUGCAUGUUUAUGUUCAAUACAUUUCUUUUCUUCUGCGGUAAAUAGGAGAACGUCCAGAUUUUCAAAUUACUGUGAAAUCUCACCCUGCUUGAUGUGUAUACAUACUGUAAUUCAGAUGUGUAUUAAUGGUUGGAUUGAAUGUUCUGAGAAAAUCAGCUUGAAGAGUCCAGCUAUGGGCAGCUCUCUGGAUGAGGCUGUUUUGUUUUAGUCAUGUGAUCAAACCUUGUUUCCAUCCUCCUCAUAGGAAGUUUUAAUCCUUGGAUUUUUGUCCAGUAAUAAAAAAUGAUUUUUUUUCA